GUGGGCAGGGAGCCGGCUCGGCCGCCAGCACUAAAGAUGGAGAGGCGCCGGGGCCUCGCAGGGGAGGGGGCUCGGCGUUGACGUGGGACGCGGCGGAGGCGCCGCCGCCGGUGGUGAUUUGCUAACCUCGCAGCAGAGAGGAGUUGAGGGCGAUGAGAGCGGGUUCUGUGAACUGCCGGGCGAUGCCGCCGCUGCCGCCUUGAUACCGAGAGCAACAGUUCCCCAGCAACACCCCUCCCCGACUCGGGCACACCCCCCAGCAGGCACGCACACCCACCCUGCAGCGCCCAGCUCGGCGGCGCCCCCUCCAUUGGCCCAGGAAGCCCACCCUGCCCUACCACGCAGAGCCCGGAAAGAAAGAGAUCCCCAUGCCUGAGCCGACGGGAGCACCAUGGAUCUGACAAAGAUGGGCAUGAUCCAGCUGCAAAACCCCAGCCACCCUACAGGGCUGCUGUGCAAGGCCAACCAGAUGCGACUGGCUGGGACUCUGUGUGAUGUGGUCAUCAUGGUAGACAGCCAGGAAUUUCACGCCCACCGGACAGUGCUGGCCUGCACCAGCAAGAUGUUUGAGAUCCUCUUUCACCGUAACAGCCAGCACUAUACCUUGGACUUCCUCUCGCCAAAGACCUUCCAGCAGAUUCUGGAGUAUGCGUACACGGCCACACUGCAAGCCAAGGCGGAGGACCUGGAUGACCUGCUAUAUGCAGCCGAGAUCCUGGAGAUCGAGUACCUGGAGGAGCAGUGCCUGAAGAUCCUGGAGACCAUCCAGGCCUCAGAUGACAACGACACAGAGGCUACCAUGGCCGACGGCGGGGCCGAGGAAGAAGAGGACCGCAAGGCUCGGUACCUCAAGAACAUCUUCCUCUCAAAGCAUUCCAGCGAGGAGAGUGGGUAUGCCAGUGUGGCUGGACAGAGCCUCCCUGGACCCAUGGUGGACCAGAGCCCUUCAGUUUCCACCUCAUUUGGUCUCGCAGCCAUGAGUCCCACCAAGGCUGCAGUGGACAGCUUGAUGACCAUAGGACAGUCCCUCCUGCAGGGAACUCUUCAGCCGCCUGCGGGGCCCGAGGAGGCAGCGCUGGCUGGGGGUGGACGGCACCCUGCGGUGGUUGAGGUGAAAACAGAGAUGAUGCAGGUGGAUGAGGUACCUGGCCAGGACAGCCCUGGGGUCGCUGAGUCCAGCAUCUCAGGAGGGAUGGGGGACAAGGUGGAAGAAAGGGGAAAAGAGGGGCCUGGGACACCCACUCGAAGCAGCGUCAUCACCAGUGCUAGGGAGCUGCACUACGGGCGAGAGGAGAGUGCUGAGCAGCUGCCACCACUAGCCGAGGCUGGCCAGGGUCUCCCUGGCCGGCCAGAGCCCCCAGUCCCUCCAGCAGAGAAACAUCUGGGCAUCUACUCUGUGUUGCCCAACCACAAGGCUGACGCUGUGUUGAGCAUGCCGUCUUCGGUGACCUCUGGCUUGCACGUGCAGCCUGCCCUGGCCGUCUCCAUGGACUUCAGCACCUAUGGGGGCCUGCUGCCCCAGGGCUUCAUCCAGAGGGAGCUGUUCAGCAAGCUGGGUGAGCUGGCCGUGGGCAUGAAAUCAGAGAGCCGGCCCCUUGGGGAGCAGUGCAGUGUGUGCGGGGUGGAGCUUCCUGACAACGAGGCUGUGGAGCAGCACAGGAAGCUGCACAGUGGGAUGAAGACGUACGGGUGUGAGCUCUGCGGGAAGCGGUUCCUGGAUAGUUUGCGACUGAGAAUGCACUUACUGGCUCAUUCAGCGGGUGCCAAAGCCUUCGUGUGUGACCAGUGUGGUGCACAGUUCUCGAAGGAGGAUGCCCUGGAGACACACAGGCAGACCCACACUGGCACGGACAUGGCUGUCUUCUGUCUGCUGUGCGGGAAGCGCUUCCAGGCACAGAGUGCGCUCCAGCAGCACAUGGAGGUCCACGCGGGCGUGCGCAGCUACAUCUGCAGCGAGUGCAACCGCACCUUCCCCAGCCACACCGCCCUCAAGCGUCACCUGCGCUCACACACAGGUGACCACCCGUACGAGUGUGAGUUCUGUGGCAGUUGCUUCCGGGAUGAGAGCACACUCAAGAGCCACAAACGCAUCCACACCGGGGAGAAACCGUAUGAGUGCAAUGGCUGUGGCAAGAAGUUCAGCCUCAAGCACCAGCUGGAGACGCACUAUAGGGUGCACACAGGUGAGAAGCCCUUUGAGUGCAAGCUCUGCCACCAGCGCUCCCGGGACUACUCCGCCAUGAUUAAGCACCUGAGAACGCACAAUGGCGCCUCACCCUACCAGUGCACCAUCUGCACGGAGUACUGCCCCAGCCUCUCCUCCAUGCAGAAGCACAUGAAGGGCCACAAGCCUGAGGAGAUCCCGCCCGACUGGAGGAUAGAGAAGACUUACCUCUACCUGUGCUACGUGUGAAGGGAGGCCCUCUCGGCGGAGCAGGAGCGACAGCCAGGAAAGACAAGUUAGAGCGAGAUGAAGUCGAGGGAGGACUGUGCAAAGAAAAAAACGAUAAAAAGAUAAAAAGAAAAGAAAAAAUGAGAGAGAAGGAAAAGGAAACCUCAAAACUAUUCGGUGUUUGAUUCUCUGUAGGGCUCCAGGUGACCUGGAUGCCAAGCCAGUGUCCUUUCCCAGGGGGCCUCUGCCCUCUGUGGAGGCUGGAGGCUUGAUUUUCAUGGGUGGGUAGAGGUGGUUUUGUUCACUUCCAUGGUGGCAUAUUUUUCUCCUCCCUCUACCCAGACCCUCCAUCUGUGUCUAGAAGUAGAGGCUGAGAGGCGAGUGGGAGGGCUGCUGGUCAGAUGGUCAGAGCCACACUGUCUGCCCAUCCUCCUCCCAUCGCCUCCUCAGAGGAUGGAGGGAGGGAAGCAGAGGGGCCUGCAGAUGGUACGGGGGCCCGGCUGAUGCUCACAAUGGCAGCUCUGGUUUGCUGGGGGCAGGUUGGGAGGGGAAGGGCUCUCUUUCCACGCUCAGUUCAUCCGCUGCUUUCCUGUGCCCUGCCAUAUCUGGCUGUCCCUGGAGAUCUCUUGAGAACCUCUGAGCUCUCCCCUCCCUAGCUCUGUGCUCUUGUCCUCCUUUUAACUGCUGUCCUCCGGGUUCCAGGAGCUCCUAGCCCCUUGGGGACGUGGGCAGCAUUUCCUUCCUCCCCUGGUUCCUCGUGGGAAACCUUCAACCCCCUCCAGAGCCCCUUCCUCCCCUUAGUUUUCUGCGUACACAAAACAAAAUACGUCGGAUACCCACCUGGGCGAAGCCCACCUGGAGCAAGGUUCCUGCUGAGCUGUUUUUGCUUCCAAAAUGGAAAAACAGAACAACUAAAUACGUUAUCUCCCACCAGCCAAGCAAACGCACACGCCUACAACCCUGUGUCAGUCCCUAGGGAGAGGACAUGAAAGGGCUCAUCGUCCAAGGGAAAGAUACAGGUGUCCUUCCCGCGCAGGGUGUGGGAGCUGGCCAGGGGAGGAAGUUGCUGUCAUGCUGGGGACCCGUUAAGUAUGGGGCCUGGGGAACCCCAGACACAGUGAUCCCGGCAGGAAAACCCAGGCCCAGACAGCAGCACAGGAUCACUGGCUCACAGGCCAGUGAGAGGAGGAGGAGGAGAAGCUGAAAGCGCAUUGGCCUUGUGUAUGUUUUGCUUCUUUCCUGUGUCCCCUGUUAGCACAUUGUACUUGAAUUACCUCAGUUUUUUUGUGACCUCAUGAGCUCUUUAACCCUAUGUCUUUUUUUUUUUUUUUUUUUGGUUGGGGGUUGGAGGAAUGGGAAGGGUGUGUUCUCUUCUGUUUUUUGUGUAAAUGCACAGCCGGCUUUAGACUUCAGCUGGCCAAGACCCUGCUGUCACCCUGGUCACCCUGGUCACCCUGGCUCCCAGCCUCCCCUCUGGAGCUGGCAGAAGGAGUGUAACACUCAGGAUUUACGUAUGAGGGCCGGGAAGGGCAGAGGGGUGGGUAGAGGGGAUGGUGUGUGAGGGUCUCACUGUCCUGAAGGCACUCGGGAGUCACUGUUGGUUCUGCCUAGGGCUCAAGCCAUCUGUGCCCAGCGUUAGCUCAGCCUGACACACUCUGGAGGCCGCACCCACCAUCCCUACAACUUGCUGGGUCCUUGAGGCUGGAGGCCUUGUCCCUCGGAUCCCUGCAGAGAGCGUGGUGUACCUCCGUGUAUGCGGUCAUUGCCUAAGUCGGUGUCCUUUCAUGGCUGGUUAGGGGUGACCCGGCCUUGGUUUUGUUGUAUUAGGGGGGGCGUUAUUUUUCUAAAAGCUACCUCUUCGUUUGUCCACUCGUUCUGUUCCUCUCUCGCCUCCCCUCUGCUCCUCCUUUUCCCCAGCCCCGCCCCCCCUCGAUCUUUGGAAAGCACAUUUGCAAUACUCCUGUUUGCUUGGGGAUGGGCCCUGUGUUUCAUCUCAUGCUUUAUGUGUAAGAGUUGCUUCUUUUCCUUCCUUUCUCUCUCUCUCAGAAAGUUGUGGCUGCAUUGUGAUCUUAGGUUUUUAAAAAGUGGUUUAGGGAAGCGAUGUCGAGGAGAAGGGUUGGGAGGAAUCUCGGGAAGUCGGAGGGAUGGGUGCUGCUGUAACCAUCCUCCUGUCCCCCGGCCCCAUCCCUCCUGCCCUCCCCUUCAAUCUUGUCCACCAAAUCUGAAGGCCUUAAAACGUGUGUGUUGGGGGAUGUGCAUUGGGGGUGCGGUGUCACUAAACGGUUGGUUAGGGGUGAUCACGUCAAGAGGAUGCUGUUUUGCAACUAUGAUGAUGACUUAGUGCUUUGGAAAGGAAAAAGUUAAACUUGAAAUACGUGAUUAGAGCAGUUGUCAUGUUCAUAAUGUGAAAAGAGUAGACUCUUCGGGGGAGAGGCAGUCUGUAAGAAACCACGAUGCACUAUGCCCUCCUCCCCCAGUCAGUCAGGGGAGCUGAAAUUCCAGACAACAGUAUUUUUAACAGCAAGAUGUCAUUCAACAUUGGUGGGGAAGGGGAAAAAAAAAAAACAAACUACUCCAUAGAACAAGCUGGCCCCUUGCUCCCCGACCCUUCCCACUCAGCCUGGUCCCCUCAUUCAUAAGAGCUGAGAGGGCUGAGCUGAUCUCUACAAAUUGUAAUAUUUUUGUAGUAUUUGUUAGUUCCUUUGUCAGUUCUACAGGACCUUGCCCUUUCCUUUUGUAAUGUGAAUAGGAAAACAAAAGAAAAAGAUAAAAAAAAAAAAUUCACCACCAUCACAACCAACAAACAACAAAUUACCCUUCGUAUGUGUGUGCGCGCGUGUGCUCUGUGUGUGUGGUGGUGUGUCCAAUCAUGAGGUAUUUUGUAAUGUGUAAUGUUGCAGCUUAGGAUGGUACUAACCCAGCGUCUGCCUGGCCCACCCAGCCUGGAGGGCUCUGCAGAUCCCAGUAGCGGGUGUGGUAAGCUCUUGAGGGAGACCAGAGGGGGUACUUCCGUACUUGCUGUGUUCCCUGGGAGACCCCAGAUACCCCAAAGGAGCCCAGUACGCCUCUUCUCCACCUUCCUGCCCAAAAAGGCAAAACUGUUCUCCACCUGCCAAGACUUUCUGCGCCAGCACAGGCAGCGUAGGAAGCCCUCGAGAGCGCAGGCUUGGGGAGACUAGGCGUGUGCAGGUGGCCCCCUUGCCAGAUGAGCUUGGGGUGUUUGCCCCCCUCUCCUUGCUGCCAUCUGGCCCGUGCUGCCGCCCUGCUGCCUUUAGCUGUGGUCCUGCAAAAUCCCAGCGUGCUACUGCCUUAUCCAGAACGGUAACCCUUCUCCAGUCUGGGGACUCCUUUCCCAGGUCAGGCUCCUACCAGUGUGUCCCUUAAUGCUUUUGCUGACAUUUAUCCCUCACUCAUGUGCCCCUUCCCUGAUUACUCCUUCGCUCAUUCAAAGCAUAAAAAUCCUAUGUGUAUAUAGGAUAGACAAAUAUAUAGAGAGAGAUAUAUAUAGCAAGAGAGAUAUAAAUAGUAAAUAACGUUGCUGCUUUGGGCUGCUUUGGAGGAGGCCACGAAUAUGAGGAAGGCAGAUUUGGGGUACAGGGGUGGGUCGGGAGGCUGGGGACCCAGUGAUUCAGUACAAUCCAGGGGUGCAACAGGGGCUUGUUUAAUCCUUGUGCCUGAACAGUUUUUCCAUGUUGAGAAAAAAAAAA